CGGUUAUUUAUAGAAUCAAAAUGUAAAGUACCAAAUUAAGAGUUCCAUUAUUAAAACUUGAUGGCUAAUAAAAGAGUGAAGGUGAUAGAGCAGUGUCAUAUUGGUCCUCCACCAGGUUCGGUUUCUUCAACUUCUAUUCCCCUUACAUUCUUUGAUAUUCCAUGGCUUUGUUGCCCUCCAAUCAAACGCGUUUUCUUCUAUGAAUUCCAUUAUCCCAAAACACACUUCUUACAACAAGUGAUUCCAAAUCUCAAACAAUCACUUUCACUCACUCUCAAACACUUCUUCCCUUUCUCUUCCAACAUAGUUUUCCCUCCAAAGCCACAAACUCCACACAUUCUCUACAAAGAAGGUGACACUCUUCCCUUCAUAGUUGCUGAGUCCACAACAACAAAUCUCAACAACCUCGUAUCUGACUCACCAAGAGAUGUCACGUGCUUGCACCCUUUUGUUCCUGUUUUGCCCUCACCACGUGCCUUGGAAGAAGAUGAAAGUGGAACCUUGUUGAUUUCUCCUAUGGCCAUUCAGGUAACUAUCUUCCCCAACUCCGGCUUAGCCAUAUGCAUUACUUUCAGACACGUGGUUGCUGAUGGGAGAGCGUUUCAUCACUUCAUGAAGUUUUGGGCCUCGCUUUGUGGGCCUAAAGUGGGCCUUGAUUUACCAUUGCUUGAUAGGAACAUGAUCCAAGACCCAAAUGGGCUCAGGCCCAUUUUCCUAGAAGCUAUUUGGAAUAUCCCGAUUAAAACCAUGGAAUCCACAGGCCAAGUUAAUAAUGUUCCUAGUGACAUGGUGAGGCGCACGUUUGUGGUGAGGAAUGAGCAUGUUGAGAAUUUGAAGAAAUAUGUGACUACUAAAUGCCAAAACCAUGGUCUAGAGACAUUGCAUGUUUCGACAUUUGUGGUGACAUGUUCUUUGAUUUGGGUUUGUAAGGUGAAAUCAGAAGAUAAUACCAAAGAUGAUGAUGAAUUACACAUCUUGGCAAUUAUGGCAGAUUCUCGUAACCUUCCUCAAUUUUCAAUUCCAUUAACAUACUUUGGUAAUUGUGUGGUUUGUGGCAAUGCAGAAAUUACUGAGAGCAAAUUAGUGGGGCAAAAUGGUAUUUUUGAAGCUGCCAUUGCUAUUGGAAGCAAAAUUAGAUGCUUGCAAUAUGAAGGUUAUAAAGGAGCUGAAACAUUAAUGUCAAAUUUUACUGAGUUUGCUACAUUGGGGAAGCAUAUGUUAUUAACUGCUGGUUCACCAAAGUUGGAUGUGUAUGAAACUGAUUUUGGGUGGGGAAAGCCUAAGAUGAGUGAAGUAGUUCAAGUAGAGUCUUCAAUGUCAAUUUCACUCUCUGAUUGCAAGGGCAAAGGUGGAAUUGAAGUUGGGAUAGCACUUGGAAGGACUCAAAUGAUGAAAUUCAAUAGCCUUAUGGAACAGUUCCUUGAAGAAAUUGCAGUUCAUGAUUCAUGAUUCAUGAUUCAGACUUUGCUUGGAUGAACUUCUAAGAAAAUAUCUUUUUUUGAGUUAUUUCUUUUUAAAAGAUCUUAUGAAAAAGUAAAAGUAAUUUUAUAUUUGGUA